AUGCCUUUACCGCCGCCGCCGCCCCGAUACGCCCCGACGCAAUCCCAAGGCGUCAUGCUUCCUCCUCCCCCUGGACCACCUCCAGGAACCGCAUACGGUGCUCCGAAGCUCACCAACCCUCAACUCCAACAUCAGAAUACCCUUGGGUGGCAACAACAGAGCUGGGCGCGGCAGGCACUGUCUCAAGGGUACCUUCCGCCUCCUCCGCCUCCUCCCAUGGUCCCUACAAACCAAUCCCCGUACGGCCGUCCGGCGGCUCUGUCGAUUCCCUCUGCCGAGUCUCGAACAUCUGCAACCUAUGUGCCGCAGCCGGGUACCUUUGGGCCGGGGGUUGGGAUACCUCCGUUCGACGUACAUGCCCCUCCGAUUGACAGACAACGGCUCGCGUCUGCGCAAGCCUAUGAAUAUCCUACCACAGACUCGUCCACAUAUAAACGGGAUGCGAACAUUCCUCCUACGCCAUCGGGUCGCACUCUCCCUUCCUCGCUAGCCGUCAAUGACGGUGCUCAUGACAUAGCCUCAGCGGGCUAUUCCGCAAGCGCUCAAAAUGCAGUCCAACAGAUCACGGCGCAGCCUGCCGAACUCACAAAAUCUCCCAGCCAUCGACAUAAUAAUAGCACCUUGCUGGGCGGUAUGUCGCCCAGCGAGGCUGCAGUUCAGUGGCCCCUCGAUCGCGUCCAAAUGUGGCUUGCAAACAACGGGUUUUCCAAAGACUGGCAAGAGACAUUCGGAGCCCUGGAAAUUGAGGGGGCGGACUUCCUUGAGCUCGGACACGGGUUCAAUGGUCGGCCAAACCUGGGGAAAAUGCACAACGUUGUGUACCCCCAGCUUGCGAAAGCAUGUGAGGCAAGUGGCACUGGCUGGGACCCCAUCCGGGAACGAGAAGAGGGGAAGCGCAUGCGCAGGUUGAUCCGCCAGAUCCAUGAUGACGGGAGCUAUGAUGCCGAGAUAGCUAUCCAGAAGCGUCGCGACUCCCACCCGAACAGCGCUCCCGAGGCCGGGCCCGAAGCUUCACCGAAAUUCACAUACGAGCCCCGAUCUGCAGGCCCAAGCUCAGGAAAUGUCGCGAACAGCCCCAACCUCAAAGCACCCCAGCCGGCCUUCAGUCAAAGGCAGAGCAUGCAGAUGCGUUCCUUCACAGCGCCUAUGUCCAUGAACCACGACCAUGCGCCCUCUGAGUUUACUGCCAAUGAUGGCAGUACAAUGUGGCCUCGAUCCGACUAUUCGCGAGCCGUUUUGUCUACCAUCGGCGGUGACCAUCAAAGGCAGAGCCCCUCGGUUUCCAGUGAGGGCGGGACCUUCCAGGCCCCCAUCCGGCAGUAUGAAGACAGUCCAAAGAGUGGUAGUCCGGCUCUGCAGCAUGCUCUUCUUGCGCAAAUGGACCCUUCGUCGUCCGCGGGUGAUUUGGGAGUCAAGCUCGAGCACUCGCGUGGCAACAGCUCCGAUUCCACCACAGGGCGCCGAUACUAUGAGUCCAUUAAGCAAGACGGAGCGCGCCCUUCGCCACAGGAAUUCUACAACCGCCAACCCGGGGGAGAAACCCCCUCCUCCUACCCAAAGGACCACCGUACGGGGCUUUUGAACUUUUUCAAGAAGCGAACCAGAACGGGUGAUUCGAACCACCCGUCUCCCGAGGAGCAAUUUUUGGAAUCUCCCACAAGUCCAGUGAACACGCGCCAGAACGGUUCCCACCUCCCUUACGCGAGGGCAGCCUUCAAUGCCAGCGACAUGUCGUUGGGUGAGCGCCCAUCCUCUUCGUCCAUGUCCGAUCAUGAACGUUUGACAUUGCGGGCGAAACCAGCGCCGAAGGGCAAGAAAUGGUCCUUCGUAACCUUGGAUGGUUGGAACUUUCGCUUGGUGGACAUAACCGAAAUGGACUCGGUGGAAACACUGCGCUCUGCCAUAUGCCAAAGUCUUGGGAUUGCGGACUGGACAGGCGCGCAAAUUUUCCUGACGGAGCCUGGUCAGACUGAACAUGACGAGGCGCUGAACGACACUAGUCUGGCCCUCUGCCGGAGAACGAAGUCGGAUUCUGUUGGUUCGUUGAAGUUGUUCGUACGGGGCUCACACAUGCAUUUUGGUGCCACCAGCUCCUCUCACUUUGCCGGUCUGGGUGUUUCGAUUCCUGACAAGAGCACUGCCUCGCCGACGUCCGCUCAUCAUGUACACAGGAAGCCACUGGACGAUGAAGCGCUUAGCAGGAUCUCGCCCCACAACCCAGCUAAGCCCACAUCUCCCCAGGUUACUUCGCGACCGCAGCUGAAGGCUCCUGCUGCUAAACUCCCCCCACGGGAAAUCUCACAGACUUCCCUCGGAGCAUCCCCCGUGGAUGGCACCGUGGAAGCAGGACUUCCUGCUAAUGCAGAAAAGGCAGACUUGCUAGCUCGUCACGAAGAGCAUUUGCGGGAGGUUGAACGGAAGCAACGGGCGUAUCGCAUCUCGAAGGUUCCGCCUAUGUCACAGCCAAGAAAGGACGCGUAUGGCGAAACCGGUUAUAGGCGCGAAGGGGUGAUUGACUUCGAUUCUCCCCGUAUAUCGCCUUACGAAGACAAGAAGUCCGAAACAUUGGUGCCACUUCGCAAACCCCCAACAGCACCUCACGAGUCAAGCACACUCACAAAGGUCAAUUCAUUGCGAAGGAGAGACAGCGACCGUCCUCGUGUUCAGCCUACAGCAACCCAAACUCACGGCCUGGGAGCCGUGUUGGCUAGCGUGGGUAGAAUGACCAGCGCCAUUGGAACGCCGGCUCCGUCGGUACCGGCGGCCUCGCCUGGUCAGGAACAGAUGGAACCCUCACCAUCGACUACGGAGCAGGACAAUCAAACUACCCCAACGGUGCAUUCCAGCCAGUCUUCCGCAAACGGUUCCUCUGCAACCCCUCAAGAGCCUAAACCAACCCUCCAAUCUCGCAAGUCAUUUGGGCCCGAGUUCGAUUUUGAGGAGACCAAGGUUUCCUUCCAACGCUCCCCGGUGCCCCAGGAUGACUCCGAUGACGAUUCGGAUGAUGGUCUCUUCGCCAUUCCCUUGGUAAAUACUAAGACCCCGGUCAAAGAAAAGCCACCGAUGAGCCUCUCACCAGAGUCGCAAAGGAGGGCCGGGAAGCCGUCCCUUACUUUGAAUACGGAAAACAGGCUGCGAAAGGGACUUUCCGUUAGCUUUAGGUCCCCGAGCGCUACACGCGAGACUUUUGCCAGCUCUGGUGGGGAAGGGCACGCCAGGAACGGGUCCUUCCUUGACAUGACAACUUCCCCUGAGGAAGAGAGGCCGCCUCGCAGGGAUUCGUUUGCCAGAGGCGAUGUGUGGGCAAGCAGACCCCCCGUGGAGGGCGUCAUUGACCACCUGGACGACUUCUUCCCUGAUAUCGACCUUGACACACCUUACUUGGAGGGGCAGGGAAUGGGCAUGUCGCCUCCCUCCUCGCCAGCAAGUAAGGUUGCGGCUGAGAACGAUGUAGUCCAUAAACAAAAGCCGGAGGGUCUGCCGUACACCACGCCACACCCCACUCCCCCGGGUGACAAUAAUGUCGGCUCUAGCGAGCCAACCAUGAAGCCCCAAGAACCAGGCGUCGUUGCCCGCCGCAACAUCAGCCGCUCCGGGGGCGGACUCACGCGAAUGAAGUCCAUUCGAGAAGUGGCAAAGGGUGCCAACCAGGCCAGUAGAAAUCGGAGUGUGCAUUCUUCCACUGGCAACCCGAGGUCGGGAGAUAUUCUGCGUCGCAAGAGCACGAAGAUGUUUGGCGCAAAGAUUAUGCAAAUCAGUCCGAAGCGUGGCAGCCGCUUGAGCCAGCUUGAUCCUAUCCCUCAGAACCAGGCCCCCCCAGGGAAUAUACCCCAGAGACAACCCACUUUCCGCAUCAUCCGCGGUCAGCUUAUCGGCAAGGGAACUUAUGGCCGAGUGUACCUGGGCAUGAACGCUGACAAUGGUGAGGUCUUGGCUGUGAAACAGGUGGAGAUCAACCCUCGGAUUGCCGGGACAGAUACAGACCGCAUCAAGGAGAUGGUUGCGGCCAUGGACCAGGAAAUCGACACCAUGCAACAUCUCGAGCAUCCCAACAUUGUACAGUAUCUGGGUUGCGAACGAGGCGAUCUGUCCAUUUCGAUCUACCUCGAAUAUAUUUCUGGUGGCUCCAUUGGCAGUUGUCUUCGCAAGCAUGGCAAGUUUGAGGAGAGCGUCGUGAAGUCGCUCACGCACCAGACUCUGGGAGGGUUGGCGUACCUUCACGAUCAGGGGAUUCUGCAUCGUGAUCUGAAGGCAGACAACAUCCUCUUGGAUCUGGAUGGCACUUGCAAGAUCUCCGAUUUCGGUAUCUCCAAGAAGACGGACAACAUCUACGGAAAUGAUUCGACCAACUCCAUGCAGGGCUCCGUCUUCUGGAUGGCGCCGGAGGUCAUCCAGUCCCAGGGACAGGGCUACAGUGCCAAGGUGGACAUCUGGUCUCUCGGAUGUGUGGUGCUGGAGAUGUUUGCUGGCCGUCGGCCGUGGAGCAAGGAAGAAGCAAUCGGGGCCAUCUUCAAACUCGGCAGUCUGAGUCAAGCCCCUCCCAUUCCUGAAGAUGUUUCCAUGAACAUCAGCCCAGCAGCACUCGCCUUUAUGUACGAUUGCUUCACAGUGGACUCGCUCGAUCGCCCCACAGCCGAGACCCUACUCACCCGCCAUCCCUUCUGUGAACCCGACCCCAAGUACAACUUCCUGGAUACCGAGCUCUACGCCAAGAUCCGCCACGUCCUCUAAGACCAAGACCCAGAUUUCGUCAAUAACAAAAGCUUCAAGCGUCUCUAUCUUCCAGCGUUUCGGCCAUGCAUUUGUUCUCUCUUCCCCUGCAUCAUACCCAGCUCACGCAGCAUUUCGCAUUCGGUGUGCAUAGUUUGUUCGUCGACGUUUGGUUGGGAUUCCCUACUUGAAUUGAAUAUGGCAAUCUGGAUAUUCUUAGUUUUGCUUGCUUUGCUUUGCAUCGUGUUUUGUUUAUGAGACGUGAUGAAUGUCAUGCUCUCCCCCCC